AUGGCCAUGCUACUGCCCAAGGGCUUGGUGGAAAACACAGCAGAAGUCUACGCCGAGGUAGCCAGUUAUCCAGUGAUCCCACCAGAGAAGAUUUACGAAUACUGGCAUGUCUACACCACCACCUUCAGGAAGUUGAUAGACCCUACUGCCCACAGAUUGGAGAAUUUCUGGUGGCAUGUCUGGGGGAGCGAUCGGCGCUACCUAAGUGGUCCAGCUCUGGCAAGAAUCUACGAGGAAAUAUCCAAGGGCCCUACCUUUGUUCCCUUGAGGGGGCCUCCGAAUCGAUAUGAGGGACCACCGACGCCUCGGUUUAGUGCUCACGAGCUCGAUCGACCCCGGCCAGGACAGCAUCGGGGCUCGCCGUCCAGUCGCAAUCGCGUCAGGACAGGAAAAGACCUAAGUGGUGAGGCUGAGGAAGAAGACGGCAAGAAUGACCUUACGCGUCCAGCGACUCUACAGCAGCGCACAUCGUCAUCAGCGAAACCCCCUCCUACUCACUCAAUCUUGAAGAAGCCGAGAGGGCCCUCGACCUCUGGUCCCCGCCCCACUGCACGCUUCAUCUCCCCCCACGGUUCCGAAGAUGAAGAUGGCGACAACAAGGAUGACGAGGAGCCCUCAUCUACCAGCACUGCUGCAACCGGACUCGAAAUGCAGGCCCGAUCGCCUUCGACGAAGGGCGAGAAAAAGGCGCAGCAGCAUCAGCAUCAUCACGUACCCAAGAAGUUUGUGGCCAGCACCCACUCCAAGCGUCGACCGGCCUUACCACGGCGGCAGAGCUCUCAAUCAUCAGCAGGCUCCGAGGCUGGGUCGCACCGAGCACCGACGCUCGCGGAGUUGCGGGGUGUCUCUGCACCACGGUCUCAAGGGAGCUCUGAAUCGUCCGCGCAGUCUGAUCUUCAUCUGAGCGCCAAGGCGGCCGGGAAGCGGCCAAUGACGCGCCUAUCUCCCGAUAAGAGAGUAGCUCACCGGAGCCAUGCUCAUGGUAAAGGCCCUGAUCGAGACUUGGAAGAAGACGAUGCCGAGCAAGCUGUUGCACAGAAGAUGUCUCCACAGGAGGACCAGAUUAGCAUGCCGCCACCCGAGAGACAGACGCCUCGGAACGAGUUACAUCCCAGCGUGUUUCAGAAGGUGCCAGUCUUGCCACUCGAGAGCCCUACCGGUGCUCCACGGAUGUCGCGAUCGCAGUCACAUCAGGAACACCCUCGGCCGAGGAGGGACGACAGUGUUGGCAGGCGACCGCCUCAUGGGCUGUUGGCGUCGAGUGUCUCGGCCAUGUCCAACGUCGCAGCUCGAGGUACGUUCGACUCGGAGAUGCCCAUCCCCGAGCCCCAGACGAUACCGCCCCCGAGAACGGAGCCCUUGCACCCGGGCGCGAUUCCCAUAUCGCCAGGUGGCUUGACUUCGCGGCCUUCAGCGACCUCUUUGCUCGAGUCUCGCUUCACGCCCACCCAGCCGAGUGCGACGCCACCGGUCCCUUUCGGACGCUCCAAGAGUCAACUCACCCUCCUCCUGGAGCGAGAGAAGGCUCGGGGCGCAGACACGAAGCCGCGGCAUCCGUAA